AUUAACAAAGUGUAGAAGGCUCUGCCUUGUAAAUCCCUUACUUUUCCUUACUAAAUUUUAUUACUUAAAAAUUUGUGACAUUCCAAUCCCCAUGUGUUUUUACGGACCCGUAACGCUCAUUAAAAAGAUUCUGCCCACGGGUUCACACAGAUCCUGUCUGCUCAUCUUAGGGCUAGAUAAUGCUGGAAAAUCAACGUUGACAGCCCGACUGGCAGAAAUUUAUAAUGGUGAUUCAAAAGAACCUAACAAGCAGGUCAGUGAGUGGACCCUCACAAUCAAUAAUUACAAAGUGCAGUUGUGGGAUAUUAAUGGCGAACUGAAGAACAGGCAGAUUUGGCCCAACUAUUACCAGAAAGCAAAGGUCUUGAUUUUUGUACUGGACAGCAAGGAUGCACUGCGCCUAAGUGAGGCUCGAUGUGUUUUAUGCGAUGUCCUGAUGCACCAGGAACUCAAUAAAGCUCCUCUGCUGAUCGUGUCCAAUAAAAAAGACACCUCGGGAUCUCUGCCCGUGUCCACAGUCAUCGAUUUAAUGGGUCUGGAACGCUUACAGGGUCGUGAUUGGACCAUUAAGGAAUGUUCUAUGCAAACAGGGUCUGGGAUACCGGAAAUCAUGGACUGGAUUACCAAUAAGAUCGAUAAGAACAAGAAGUGAUUUUACAAUUUUUGAUAUUUCUUAAAAAGUGCCUUUGCAUUUUGGGAAAACUGUGUACUUAAUAUAUUUAAUGAGUCAUUUUGGAAACAAACAUUGUGUAUUUAUUCUGAUAAGAAUAAAAAAUAUUCCUUAGCUUC